UAGCACUUAAUAUCUUUUUUGACACGGUUCGUCUUUUUUGCUUCUAGAAACUAAACUAUAACAAAACUUUUGUAAACUACAAGAGAUAUGAAGAACUAUUCUUAGGAACGCUACAUUUAUACAAUAAAAAACUAGUAUUCAGUUCGGGAAUCGAACUCUGACAUUUUGAAAAAUUAAACAGGUACUUACAUACAUACCGAUUGUGUUGGUUUUAAGCAAUAAAUGUUACUAUAAAACAUGAUGAUUAAAAUGAAUAAAAUUCAUUGCUUUUCAUAUCCUCUAAUAUAUUUUUCAAUGCAGUUGCUCAUAAAGCGCUAUUUUAUAAAUCCGUUGUAAACACCAAAAGUGAGUCUUUAAAUACGUGUUAAAUAAAAAUGUACUGAAAUCCUUUACUGCACACGUGCUUAAAAGUAUAUUAUUAAAUUUUUUUGGCCGAGCACCAAAGAAAUUUAAAAAAAAUUGAUGAAAAUAUGUCAAACUUUAGAGGCAAAAAUAUUUCAAGGAGCCUAGAACGAAUAUUUUCAAAUAAAAAUGUAUGACACGAAAACAGGCUGUAUUUGUAGUUGCAUCUUUGCCUCAACAAAAAAAAAAAGAAAGCGCGCCAUUCGUGAAAUAAUUUUCUUACUUUCUGCGUGGAUAUUCUAUUGUGUUUUCGUAAUGAGCUCUUCUGACUUAGAAAAUUUAGAUUUAACUCCUUCUGAUAUAACAGAAGACGCCCAAAGAGCCAAUGAAGCAAUUUUUCCGGAUAAAUCAAGAGACAAGUACUUGGAAAAAUACGAAAAGUUCAUGAAAUGGAGGAGUGAAAAAAAUUGUAUAUCGUUUUCUGAAAAUGUAUCGUUGGCGUACUUCAAUGAGCUUUCCUUGAAAUAGAUACCAAUCAUCGCUGUGGUCCAAGUUCUCGAUGUUAAAAAGUACGCUGAGCUGCAAAAAUGACAGUAAUGUACAGCAAUUCACAAAACUUGUUGCAUUUUUAAAAAUAAUGAUGGAUUUUGACCUAAAAAAUCUAUAGUAUUGUCAUCAAAAGACGUUGAAAUUUUUUUGAAUGAUGCCCCAGAUAGCAUCUACUUGGCAACAAAGGGACGUAGUUUGCACUUUAUAUUACUAUAUUCAAUGCAUUACCGUACCAGACUUCCGCCCGCGUUGAAUUCGGUUAUAUCGCUCUCCCUAAGAAACUCUUGGAAUCGGAAUAAAAUUAUCCUAUGUCCUUUCUUGGUGUCUAAAGUAUCUCCAUACCAUCAAAUUUCAUCAAAAUCGGUCAAGUAGUUCAGACGUUAAAGCUUAACAGACAGACAGAGUUACUUACGUAUUUAUAAUAUUAGUAUGGAU